AUGAGAUACAAAUGGAAUUCAUCUAAAUGCGUGAUCUUGGACAGUAGCACAGAUCCAAUUACAUAUAUCCUUUACAAUCAGCCAUUACCAAGAGAAACAACUUUCACAUACCUUGGCGUCCCUUUUAAACCGAGUGGGCACCUCAGUCUAGAAGAACUAAUUCAACGUAAUACCCGUAAGACUCUUGCAACGAUGAACAUAUUGUCAUCUGUUGGUGUGAAUCCUUCCGGUUUCUCCAAACUUCUUUGCACCAGGUUUUACGCUCACAUCGUUCGACCUCAGCUUGAAUACGGCCUAGCUAUCAAUCACUUCACGGUCUCUCAACUUCACGCUCUAGAGGAAGUCCAGAAUAAUUGCAACAAGAAAAUCUACGGUGCUCGAGACAAAGCGUCGACUAAGAUUAUGCUCCACAUGUCAAGGCUACUCUCAUGUCAGAACGAGUCACGUUUUUUGCUACAGAAUCUAGAGAUCCGCCAACGAUGCCGAAACUCCAAAUUGCUUUCUAGCUGCCGUCGAUCAACCUCUCUAGAUCCUAUACUCUGGUUGCCCAUGUCUAAGUCAGAGUGCAGUCGCUGUAUACGCUGGAGAUUAGGCUGGCUUCCUGGUGGGCAAACCUCGGUCAUGUCCCAAGCACCCAACGCAACAGCUAUCUAA